AUAACGAUCUAGACAUUGAUUAAAACACUUCAAAUAUUUAUUAUUAAACCAGUCAGUUCAAUAUGAAUCGCCGGCGACACAACUGUACUUACGUUGUGGAUAAAGCGCAAUGGGCUGUUGUUUUAUGUGUGAUAUGCGCCAUAGGCUUAACUACAGCACAAGAGGGUACGAAGUGUUACAGGAACGAGGCGGUAGGUGACAGAGAAGGGAACGUGUACUACUGUGCUGAUCAGACGAAGACGGAAUGCUGUGAGGAGGACGCAGCUUUCACCUGCUGUGAGCCCACGUCCAAGAAGACCCUACGCGAGCAGCUGAUUCUCUGGGGCAUCGUUAUCGCCGUCGGCAUCAUCAUCGCUCUCGUCUGCUGCUACUUUUGGAGGGACAACGUCUGCUCGAAGUCCGACAACUCCACCAGGGGAUGCUGCCACUGCUGCCGACGAACUUCCGAUGUCGACCGGAAGCAUCUGACGCCUGUCCCUCAACCAGGAACCUCGAAGCAAAUGCGCUCAUUUACGCCGAGCCCCUGGCGUGUCGGCGAUCGGAUGUCGCGGAACAGCUUCAGCGAGAGCCCGGUGCCGCCGUUCCAGUUCCGAUCUCCGACGUAUGGGAAAUAUUGAUGAAGUCAUAGCGAGAGCCUGAAAUGUUUUCUAUUACUAAAUAUUCAUGUUCCUUCUAAAGUGACCGCAAGAUAAUUUACAAUUUGGAAUGUUUCCUUUCAAUAGCUUUUUUUCUUGUUUGUCCGUGUAAUGCAUUUUAAGUUCAAUCACAAUUAAAUUUAUGUGAAGCAAAUUUACAUAGAGCAUACGAUAAAACAGUGUUUGGGGUAUUCAUCCCACAAUUAAAAACAUUUCUUGUAAAAUAAAACUUAUU